UAACUAUCGCGCAAGCCGAUGGAGGUCUCAAUUGUCCAUGAAUACUCCAUAUUGUACUCCGACAGACUAGUGCAGAAGGAUAAGAAGUGGGUGGAUGGCUUCUUGAGGUACUAUGAGUUCAACAACAAGGUGGAAAUCCUUAAUGAAGACGAGCAAUUGGUAAAGGGCGAUUUCAAGAACAUACUGUUUGAAGUGGGCAAGCAGUAUGUGAUAAACAAAAUGUUGGUGGACAUAAUAGACUUCAACGGAACAUCCGAGAGGUAUAUUUCGGUACUACUCAAGAAGGAACCAGUAUCAGGUGACUCUCCACUGGUGUCAAAUUCCAUCAAACAGGAGUCUAUUCCUACUACCAUCAGAAGAUCACCAAGUAUGUCCAGCUUACCAAAACCACCAGCUAUCAAGAUACAACAACGUUCGUUAGGACUCACAAAGACUAAAAGCAUUACCCAUGUACCAAAAAGUGGUGGGCCAAGCGUGUUGCUGAAAAGAAAGACCCUAAUUGGCCUACAGCAAAUGUCUGCAAAAUCGCCAGGAUUGAAAAGACCUACUUCACCUGUUUCCAAAGAUGCUAAACUCAAGUUCCCAGUUGUGGAACCUAUCGCCGGGCGUAUUCUUCCUAGAAGUUCUAUAAUCUACAAAUUUAUGGACUAAGUAACCCUUCAUUCACAUACACCAACUAGCUAUUGUUUGGUUUAUCGUUUUUCCUGAAUACCAUCAUUGGAAUGUAAUGAGAUACCAAUGCAUGUGCUAAUGGAAUGGAACAAACAAUCCCACUGAGAGCAGCUAUUCCGGGAAUACUGGCAACUGCAGCCAAAAAAGAUUGUACAGUCAAUUCGGCCAUUCACAAACGAUAAAAUUGUUUAAACCACAAAUAUACAUUGAGAAGGUAACUAAAAGUUGCCAUUUUCGGGCAAAGCUUGUUUGUUAACACCUGUUCAUAUUUCCAAGUUGUAAUAUUUGCUGUCGAUUUGAGGAGAUGAUAAGAUAGGAACAUGUACAAUUCGUUCAAAGUUGUGGUUGAUCUCUAUCCAAGACUUGAGGAGAUUAUCUGAAAGCAAAGGUGUUAGAAACUUAUCGUUCAACAUUAAAGAUCCCAGGAGCUUAUUGGGCAAUACUGUUGUUGAAGUUCUAAGGAUUGUUAAGUUAUUUUUUCCAAUUGUGAAGUUUUGUGAUAAGGAGCCCAAAGACGAUUUGAACAAUAGCUUAUUGUCAUUGCAGUAAACAAGAAUAUACCUGACGGAUUUCUGUAUUUCGAGUUGGAACUUGUAACCCGUGAAAGGGGGUUUGUGGUAACAGUAAUGAGAUAGGUCAGAUGCUAGAAUCAACGAUGCCCACAAAAAGCACAAUAUGAACUUCAUGGUUGGUUGAGAGAUCUGCUAUUACUCUUGUGAGCAUUUUUUCGUAAUGGAAAAAUUGAAUCAAUAGGCUUUGGUUGAUAGAGGUGCCGCAGCUUCUCAUAAGAAGUCUCUACAUCGAGUCUGUGGGUUCAAAAAACAGGUACUCAUUCUUUGCAGUGUUAUCCACUCUUUUGUGGAUAACAUUUUGAAUUCAACCCGUCCACAAACCCGUGUCAAUGCUUGGCUAUUCCGAAUUUCUGUCAUGAUAUUGUCUUCAUUUGCCUGAUCAAGUUAUUGUAUAUCUCAGCUUAGAUGCCAUCUUCUUUAGGAACCAUUCGAAUUUCAUAAAUACUUUU